CAGCUUUAGUUGAAACCAAAGCUUCUCUUCCUGACUUUGGGUUGCUGCUCCCACUCCAGGCACUGCUGUGGUGGCAGCUGAAGGCUGGCUUGCUGUGUGACAGCAGCACACACCGUCACACCGCCCGCUGUAAGGGAGGGCUGAGUCCUGCUCCAGUGUGAGCAGCUCGAGGCAGAGCCUUCCAGCAUCAUCGUCCGGAUCUCACGCUGGAUUUCAAAGCCUUAAUCACCUUUAGCUGAGCCCUGUGGGUAGGAGCAGCAGUGCGCCUUGCUCUCUCCUCCUGCAGCAGAGGCAGCACACGACAGGUCCUGCCGGAGGUGUGUUGGGCUGCCAGCAGGAGGUGGGCUCUGCUCAUUGCCUCCUUGCCCUGCUGUCUGUUGGCUCCCGUCUGGUUUCAGCGAUGGGAUUGCAGGAAUCCCUGCUGUCGCAUCCUGGGUUCUGUUCUUUUGCCCUGGGCUGGUAGCACAGCUUCUCCCCUGACUGCUGCCUUGCAUUUGCUCUGAUUUUACCCGCUGUGCUUUUCGCCCGGAGGAUCUGAGGAAGGAAACUCAGUUCUCUUCUUUUCAUUUGGAAUAGGUUAAAACAAAGUGGUGGUGGACCUGUGCCAGAGCAAGGUUGGUGCUGCAGGUUGGGAACUGCAGGCUGCAAGCAGUCAAUUUCUUGCUGUGUAGUUUCUCAAAGCCUUAUGGAAAGCCUUUCUCCUUCCUGGCUCCUUCCCUUCCCUUUAUUUUUGUUUCUGCCUUUGCUGCCAGAAGAAAUAAGCAAAAAGGGGAGGCGGUGUGCUGCAGCUGGCAACAAUUAUCUCCCAGAAUAAAGCACCAUUCCCUUUGGCAGGGAGCUCCCAACCUGCCGGCGGCCUCAGAGAAAUCAGGAAGGCACAUUCCUCCCAAACCAGCCCUGUGGAACCUGCAGCCAUCACAGCAGCAUGGAUUGGGAUGGAGGUUGGCAACGGGCUGGGCAAACUGAUGUCUGCAGGGGCCUUCAGCUGCAGUGGGUGCCCGCAUGAUGUGGCACCGUGCACACAGGUGCAGUGAGCUGCUGCCUUCAGCCUCCCUUUAACUUCAGUUCUUAUUCCAGAAGGUGAUUCCGGGUUGUUUUGUCUCCCUGGUAAAGAGGGUUUGGGGCUCCUAGGGGAAGAGUGGAUGAUCCUUGCGGCAACCGUGCCGCCCACAGCUGGCCUCACUGCUGCUGGAGGGUUAGCCUGGCCCUGGGAACACCACUGGAGAAAGGCAGGUCUGUGGGAGGAGGAGAGGAGAGGGCUGCUGGCACCCUUUGGUGUCCAACCACGGCCUGAUCCUCUCGGCAUCGGGGCUGCAGAACGCCCCGGCCCCUCCCCAUCCCUGCCGCGUUGGUCUCAUGGUUCUGCCGCCCCGACCUGUAGAUAUCCAAAGUAAUUAUGGAGUGUGAUUAGUCCUCUGUGGGUGCUUGCUUUCUUCCUUUCUCUUUUGCUAUCCCCUUCUCCACUCUUCUCUCUGGCUAAGUGGAAAAGGUGAGGACAAAGACUUGCCGCUUGCUUGGACUCAUGGUGUACUGUGACUGCGCUGUUAGCUGUCUCCUCUUUCCUUCCCAAAUGGAUAUCAUUUCUGAAGUGUGGAAUAACCCUUCUUGAUAAGUAGGUUUUAAAAAAGAAAAAGAAAAAAAAAAAAAAAUGCACAAUGUGAUACUGUUUCCUAGUUCCUAGGUGGUUGUAUAAAAGCAAAGUUACUGUGAUUGUGUUUUUAAGAGGAAAAAGUGAUUGGUUACUCAAUCUGUCCUUUUUUUCAUUAUUACAAGCUCUUUGUUUUCCAAUGACCUGACGCUCGUUUGUCGCUGCUCUGCGCCCGCCUUCCCCUCCUCUGUGCUGUAGGGCUGCACCCACCGGGUCCCCAAAUCCACGCCGUGGGGCUGCAGGGCCUGGCAGCUCCCCAAUGGGAUUUGUGAUGCUGCCACCGGAAAUUGCGAUGCCCCUGCCCUGCUGGGGCUGAUUUAAGAAGAUAACGGCGCUUUCUUGUGCUGGUGGGGGCCGGAGCUGGGGGGUGGGGGAUUAAAACAAUUUCAUAAUCCCAGCGAUUUCCUCCGGGUCCCGGGAUUAUGAAACCAAUGAUGAAUAGCAAAAGCCGCAGCGUGCAGCGGGACCGCCUCGCCCAUGGGCCCUGCAGCUCCCCAGCGUGUCCCGUGUCUGCAGCACAUUGCGGGCUCCCUGGGAGGGGAUGAGAGGCUGCUGGGCCGAGCGGGGCACGGAGGGCUUUAUCGGUGCCGUCGGGAAGACGCUUCCAUGCAGGGGCACAUGGAGGGGCCCCGUCCCGCGGAGCCCCCCCGGGGCCCCCACGCCGUGCUGGAGGGCAAAGUGAAGGCGCUGAAGGAGAAGCGUGGAGCCGAGCGGCCCUCGCCCAAGAAGGCCCGUGCCCGCAAGGGGAAGGCUGGAGCUGAGGAACAGCGGGUGCAGCUCCGCACGUACCUGACUGAUGGGCUGCUGGAUGGCACUGCAUCGUGGGGGGAGCAGGGGGGGCUGGGGGGCUCUCCCCCUUUGGUCUCUGCUGGCAAGGAGGUGACAGAGGGCCCGGAGCCACUGUCCUUGGCUGAGAGGGUGGAGAGGAACCGGCAGCUGCUGCACGAGGUGCUGGGGAUGCACGAGGUGCCAGCAAGUGAUGGCGACUGGGACUCAGGGGUCUCACUGCAGGAUGCUGAGGGCUGCAGGGCCUUUGUUCCCGGGCAGGAGCUCGAGCUGAGCCCACGCCAUGAGCAGGCCAAGCAGCUGCUGCAGCGCGCCCGCAUGAAGGCUCGCACCAACCCGCUGCGCGCCAGCCACGACCUCCUGCUGCUGCCCACCGCCGCGCACCCCAGGGAGCCCAGCGGGACACCGAGGCCCAGCGUCACCACAAGAGAGGUGGAGGGCCCGGCGGGCGGCAGUCUGAGCGACUCAUCCAGCGGGGAGUCGGGCUGCAGGGAGCCCCGGCGGCCACGGGGACCCUCCCCGUCCCGCGUGCGCUUUGAGGACGAGUCGGCCCGCGACGCUGAGGUGCGCUACCUGGAGCGGCUGCGGCACCGCCGGGUGCUGGGCUCAGCACUGGAGCGCAGCGGUGGAGAGCCCCGUGGGCACCCCGGGGAUGGCCCUGCCAAAUCCCGUGGUGGUGAUAUCCCUGCUGGGGGCAAGUGCCAGGCCUGCGGCUCCCUGCUCGGUGCCGCCGUGCCGGCUGAAGGCAGCCCCAUGGCACGGGGACGGGAGCGCACAGGUCCUGGUGCUGCUGCCCAGCCUGAACCCAAGGCCCGGCCGCUGGGUCCUGGGGGGUCCCCGCUCUGGAUCCUGCCUUCCCGGCAGCGCAUUCACACUGAGAAGAUCAAGGAGACUUAUAUCGGGAACGUCGCCCGUGGGGAUGAGGCGGACUCGGCACUGGAGAGCACCGACACCUCCGAUGGCUGCCGCACUGACAGCGAGGAGCCGCGGCCCCGCAGCCCCCACCCACGGGGGCAUCGGGAGCCCCGGGCUCGUGGCCACCGCAGCCCCCGCACCCCAAUGCAAAAGGAGAAGGUCAUGAGUGUGGCCGGGGGCUCGGGGACGCUUUGUCCCCCACCAGCGGGUACAGCUGGCAGCCAGGAUGGGGGGCACACCGGUGAGAUGGUGGGCAAAGGAGAGCCACUGGUCCCCUCCUCGAGGCCAGCGGGGCCUUCCCACACCCCUUCCAUCAUCACCACUACAAAGGCCUGCUCCCAGGUGCCUUGCAGGACAAGUGUCCCUGCUAGCAGCCACCAGUGUCCAGAGCCUGAUGCUGGGAGCACUUUGCCCCAACCCAAGGGUGCGGGGCAGCAGCGGGGGCCCUGUGGCCCUGUGUGGCUCCCAGGGAGCCCCCUGCGUGCCUUGUCCACUAAUAACUGCAACAACACCCAUGGACAGGGCUGUGGGAGCCGCCCCCAUGGGCUGGGGACACAACCUGGGGAGACCACCAGGACGCCCAAGGCACAGCACGAUGGGAACGCAACACCUGGGGAGCCAGCACGGGCAACAAGCCGGAAGGGCAGUGGGGAUGCGGCAUCCUCAGGGCUGAAGCGGCUCCUGUGCAGCCUGAGCCAGAGCACCAAGCAGCGCCUGGGCCGCUUCCGCUGCUACAGCAUGGAGCAGCUGCCCGGCCCUGCACCCAAUGGCCCCAGCGUGAAGCGGUCGCCCUCACUGCAGGCACUGGUGUCACCGUUCCGCCAGCCCCAAAAAGCCGCUUCCAUACAGAGCCUGCACAGCCUGCUGGGCAGGGUGCCCCGAGCCAAUGCGUACCUGCUGUCCCAGCCUGGGGACGGGGACAGGCAGCCUCGGGGCCACGGCACUCGCUGAGCGUGGAGGACAUUGGUGCACCUGACCGGCCACGCAUAGUGGGGCGUGUGGUGGAGGUGUUCCCCGAUGGCACCAGCCUGCUGGAGAUAGAACGGCCACCACACGGCUCCUUCGGCU